GACAGCGGAGGCUUUCAGAUGGUGUCCUUAUUAGAUCUUGCAGAGAUUACAGAGGAGGGAGUCAAGUUCAAUUCACCUUACACCAAUGAAGAGCUCCUACUUACUCCAGAGAAGUCGAUGGAGAUACAGAAUAGUAUAGGAGCGGAUAUUAUGAUGCAGUUAGAUGAUGUUGUCCAUGUGUUGACUCAAGGUCCAAGGGUAGAGGAAGCCAUGCAUAGGUCUAUACGUUGGCUCGACAGGUGUGUUGCAGCUCAUAAGAGACCUUCAGAGCAGGCUCUGUUUGCCAUAGUUCAAGGAGGCCUUGAUGCAGAUAUGAGGAGACAGUGUGCAACAGAAAUGAUAAAACGUGAUACACCUGGUUUUGCUAUUGGUGGACUAAGUGGUGGCGAAAGCAAAGAUGAAUUUUGGAAGAUGGUGACCGUCUCCACAGAUAUCCUGCCUCAAAACAAACCAAGAUAUCUUAUGGGAGUUGGGUAUGCUGUUGAUCUUGUUGUAUGCUGUGCCCUAGGGGUGGACAUGUACGAUUGUGUAUUUCCAACAAGAACUGCUGUGAGUACAUAA